GUUCAUAGAAAGUUUUUUCACACGACGUCCGGGAGUGGUCAAAAUAUCCGCAUUUGCGGCUGGUAAGUGAAUCUUGUCCUCUACUUCAGCGUUCCCAUGGUGUAUACCGGAUAACAGCCAAGAAAUACAACAAACGCAUUACGAGGAAGUUCUGGUGGAGGCGGUUUCUGUUAGUAUAGUAGCUGCAGACAGUGUCCAAAUCCAAAGAUGUCUACCGGAAAGAGUAAGAACCAGAGCUCUCUGGUGCUGCACAAGGUGAUCAUGGUGGGAAGUGGCGGUGUCGGCAAGUCAGCCCUCACUCUGCAGUUCAUGUAUGAUGAGUUUGUGGAGGAUUACGAGCCCACCAAGGCAGACAGCUACAGGAAGAAGGUGGUGCUGGAUGGAGAGGAGGUCCAGAUUGACAUCCUGGACACAGCUGGACAGGAGGACUAUGCUGCCAUCAGAGACAACUACUUCCGGAGCGGAGAGGGCUUCCUGCUAGUCUUCUCCAUCACCGAACAUGAGUCGUUCACCGCCACCUCAGAGUUCCGGGAGCAGAUUAUGCGGGUGAAAGCAGAGAACGAUACCAUCCCUCUGUUGGUGGUGGGGAACAAGUCUGAUCUGGAGGACCGCAGGCAGGUGUCGUUGGAUGAGGUCCGGGCCAAGGCAGAGGAGUGGGGGGUGCAGUACGUGGAGACCUCAGCCAAGACACGAGCCAACGUUGACAAGGUGUUCUUUGAUCUUAUGAGGGAGGUGCGAAAAAAGAAAAUGUCAGAGAGUAAAGACAAGGGUGGAAAAGAAGGCAAGAUCAAGAAGGCUUUCAAAUGUUGUCUGCUUUGAUCUAGACCAAACCUUUCAGUCAGACACACAGAGCCAAACCAGACCAGGGCCUCCGCAGCACAGUGGCAUUAGUCCGGGACAUGUUCAUUAGGACAUACUGUAGCAAAAUGUUUUGAAACCUUUUGCAAUGGGGGGGGGGUGCGCGUUUCUUAUUGGACAAUAUUUUAUGUCUCCCUUUGGAGCAUUUUCUUCAGUUUCUUGCCUACGGAACACAACCCAGAUCUACAGAUCCUUCCCACUGAACUGAGCUUUCUGCCUUUAACACACGCAUAUCAAAUCCAUGUACAAUACCCCUCACAUUGUGGCAGUCAGAGGGGUGGCCUUAUCACUAACCUAUGUUAGUUAUGCAAACCAUCCUUUGUGCCACUGUUGGGGACGGGUCCAGAGGGGACUGUUUAGAUGAAGUGCCUCAACAUUGAUCGUGUUUAUAUAGGUUAUGAUCGCAGACAAUCACUCUCGCGCACACUACUUAAAUAUGGCCUUGGUUUGAUACUCACUUGUAGGAAUAAGUAGCCUCAUCACCAAGAUAAAUUGGCUAUGCUGUUUGAUGUCUUACUGUUUGCAUUGCAAUCAAUUUUAUAUUCCUACUUUCACUACUACACUAUUUUUUUUAAAAAUGUUUUUUUAAUUUAUGGUCCACUGCAUGAAAAUCAGUCAGAUUAUUAAGUCACUUUAUUCAUAAUCCAACAUAUUAUCCACAUGUACAAUCCAACAUGUACUAUAUCCACAUGAUAUAUAGAACCAGUCAAAAGUUUGGACACACCUACUCAUUCAAGGGUUUUUCUUUAUUUUUAAUAUUUUCUACAUUGUAGAAUAAUAGUGAAGACAUCAAAACUAUGAAAUGACACAUUCAAUCAUGUAGUAACCAAAUAAGUGUUAAACAAAUCCAAAUAUAUUUUAGAUUCUUCAAAGUAGCCACCCUUUGCCUUGAUGACAGCUUUGCACACUCUUGGCAUUCUCUCGACCAUCUUCACCUGGAAUGCUUUUCCAACAGUCUUGAAGGAGUUUCCACAUGCUGAGCACUUGUUGGCUGCUUUUCCUUCACUCUGCGGUCCAAUUUAUCCCAAACCAUCUCAAUUGAGUUGAAGUUGGGGGAUUAUGGAGGCCUGGUUAUGUGAUGCAGCACUCAUCACUCUCCUUGGUGUAAUAGUUCUUACACAGCCUGGAGGUGUGUUGGGUCAUUGCCCUGUUGAAAAACAAAUGAUAGUCCCACUAAGCGCAAACCAGAUGGGAUGGUGUGGUAGCCAUGCUGGUUAAGUGUGUCUUGAAUUUUAAAUACAUCAGACAGUGUCACAUCACACCACCACCUCCAUGCUUCACGGUGGGAACCACAUAUGUGAAGAUCAUCCGUUCACCUACUCGGCGUCUUACAAAGACGCGGCGGUUGGAACCUAAAAUCUCAAAGUUGGACUCAUCAGACCAAAGGACAGAUUUCCACCGGUCUAAUGUCCAUUGCUCGUGUUUCUUGGCCCAAGCAAAUCUCUUCUUCUUAUUGGUGUCCUUUAGUAGUGGUUUCUUUACAGCAAUUUGACCAUGAAGGCCUGAUUCAUGCAGUCUCCUCUGAACAGUUGAUGUUGAGAUGUCUGUUACUUGAACUCUGAGAAGGACUCAUUAAGAAGGAAAGAAAUUCCACAAAUAAACUUUUAAACAAGGCACACCUGUUAAUUGAAAUGCAUUUACCUCAUGCAGCUUUUUUUGGUUACUAUUAUUUCCUAGUUUUGAUGUCUUCAUUAUUAUUCUACAAUGUAGUAAAUAGUAAAAAUAAAGAAACCCUGAAAUGAGUAGGUGUCAACUUUUGACUGGUACUUUUUUUUGUGAACACGUUGACUGCACUUUUUCUCCACAAAAAUGUCAAUGUUUCAGUGUUGCCUUUCUAAUUCUACACUUGAAACUGAAGCAUUAAACUAAAUUACUGUUUGUAUGCACACUUAUUAUGGGUUAUAUUCAACUGUUUUUGUGUUGCCAAAUAAAGUUGUUCUCUUUUGUAAUGAA